CUAUUUUGCCGCAUUCAGUGUUGCGUUUAUAGUUUAUAUAUUUAACGCAAAUUUUUCUGGAAAGUAAAUAAUAAAGAAGGUGUGCCAUGGCUCGAAACAGCAAUGAAAACAAAGACGACAACAUUGAUCCAGCUUCCGUGGCUUCUAACGUCAAGAACAACUUCAAACAGGAUGUCAUAAAAGAGCUGCUAAACAGCUCUUUCGAAGACAACAAGACAAAGCUGGGCAAUGAUGCAUUGUCUCUGGUUGUGGAAGUUGCCAAAUGCCUGGUUACAGAGACUUGUCUCCGUGCCUCAAGCCAGGCACUACGAGAGUCCUGUGAUAAAGUUGACAUUGAGCAUGUCGAAAAAUGCCUGCCACAGCUGAUGCUGGACUUCCCUUAAUCAAACCCAAACCCUCAAGAAACUUCCAACCUAAUUUUCAGUUGUGACUCAAGUACUGAGGCCUUAUCAAGAUAAUAAUUUAUAAUCACUGCAACUUGGACCUGUGGUCUGAGGGUCUGACUGAUUCACAAGAGGGUACUCCAAACAUGCCCUCAUAUUUUACUAACUCUUCAAUUUUAUUAAGUAUAUUAGCAAUGAAGCUCUCUUACACUAUGAAAAGUAUCUGUUAGGGUUGGCAAGUAAGUGAGGAUGCAAAGCACGAAAUAUUCCAAACAUCUGACCCGCCAUUUGCUAUCUUGGUCCGACAAGAAAUUGUAGAAAAUUAUUGAGGGCGCCACUUCCUACGUAACUCUCACUUUUUUGACGUAAAAUGCUUAAACAUGGCAACAAUUUAGUAUGGAUUUUUUUUACUUCAAUUUUAUAUAAUUUCUACUAUUUUAUGUCCCACGCACUCAAUUAAGUAUACUGCUGACCCGCCCAUGAGGCUGGCGGUCGAUGUCACAGAAAUAUAACUAGAGUUAUGCGCAUGCAAUAGAGAUAAGAAAUCACGGGUCAAUGUACUAAAUUUUUCGAACUUAGCGCCCUUACUUUAACAAAGGCGACAAAGGCAAAGAAGUUUAAAAAUAUGCUAACUAUUUAACCUUUUGGACGCCAAUGACGGAUAUAUCGGCACCGCCGGUCCAACGCCAAAGACCGAUUAAUCGGUCGAAGACCACAGAGCAACAUAGACCUACGUGCAUGUGCAUAAAGUUCAAUUUCAGUUUUUGACACUUCGGUGACGUGGCGUCCGAAUGACAGCUUUUGUGUUUGACAUGGCGUCGAAAAGGUUAAGGAGCUACCCGAGGUUUUCAUCGAUUUUUGACAAGUUUUGAAUCGUAUCUUCUACUUUUGCACUACAUAUAGAAUUAUAAGACAAACGGCUGUCGGCUGUCGGUUCUUCAAUCUUUUAUCUCCAUUUUUGUCUACCGGAUUUUGAAAGAAAUGAAUACUUAUUUAUUUAUGUUUUUUUUUAAACAUUGUCUAGACAAACGCAUUUUUCGUAUCUCGAUUGCUGUAAAAGAUCUUACCUAUACAAAAUCUACAUAUUUGGGUUCGUCCUUGACGUCUCUAAAAGCUACCUAUGGCCAGAAAACCAGUUUUUUGGCCUAAAAACUGAUGCCAAAUAUCUCGAAAACAAUGAACUUUGAAGUAAAUAUGGGAUACUAUAUUGCUUAAAGCCGUUGCUGUUAAUAUGAUAAUGAUAAGCUACAAAAAUCAUUAGAAAACUAAGGGAUUCAGAUUGAAGGUCAUUGGGGCAUGGGAUCCCCUUAAAGAAAUGAUAUGGCUCUCUUUAGCUCAAGUCUAGUCACGCGAUAAAGACUACCCACCUCUUUCUAAUUAUUAGCAUGUUACUUUACAAAAGGGAUGAAAGAUGUUCUCACACAACUUGCGAUUUGACCCCUAAUCAUUUCGAGUAUUAUCUCUCAAGUCCCAACAGAGAGUUGUCCUCUAUACUUCACUCUGAAUUAGAAAAUAGUAGUGUCUUAAGCGUAAGUGGUAUUUACCAACAAAUCACUAGAGUUAGACCAAGCUAACUUGGAAGCGAUUUUGAUAGCCCAGUUAGAUAGUGUUAUUUAAACGUCAUAAUGUUAUAGAAGUUUGACGUUUAAAAUAACACUUGCACCGCCUGGGCUAUCAAAAUCGCUGCAAACUUAGCUUGGUAGGUAUUUAUUAGGAUUGCACAUUUUUUUGCUUAAAAAAUCCUCUAGCUGCUUAUUGUUGCUAUUGAGUAAGAAGUGUGUUCAUUUGCCAUACUAAAUAUAAAUUCACUUGGAUACUGCCAUUCUUACUCUUACCCUUACCCUAUCUAUGUACAGUAAGUCUCAUGUAAUCUAUUGUUAACAAGGGCAAGAUAUAAUAUUAGUAAAUUUCGCUUCAGAUAAAUAUAAUAGUAUUCAUAAUGCAUACUUACUUACCUAAUAAGUAAUAACAAUACAUUCCAAGCUUUAAAGUUCUGUCUAGUGCUCCCGUUUAAAUGUGUAAUGUAUGAAGACAUUUAGAUGUAAUGGAAUUGAAAAAGCAAUAAACAAA